GUGGAUGUAACCUUAGGACGAAGUAACAAUAAAUAUACUGCAUACCGGCUUCAAGUUUUUAUGGAAUAACGAAUACGUAAUUAAAUUUUGAGAUUUUAAUAACGAUAAAUCAGAAAAGAGGUCAAAGAAUAACCUGUAUUUGAUUUGUCUCGCCUUCGAAUGGUUUAAAAACGUCGAAUUAGUUACAUAUUACUGUAAACAUAAGUUAAUGUUGCACUACUCGUCAACUUGUAUUACAACUGUUGCAUCGAAUGCAAUUUGAUUUUUGUUUGAACAGUGCCGCGGUAAAUUGAUAUAUACGGUUGUUUCUACCCACAACCAACCAACGCAUGGACGCGAUGGCGACAUUCACCUUUCCCUUGCCCUUGGCAGAUCGCCUGGAACAGUUGGUCAACAAUGAGUACCUUUCGGAUGUAGUCUUCGCGGUCGGAACCGACGGUGAACGGAUGUACGCCCAUAAAAACAUCCUGACUAUGGCAAGCGAGGUUUUCUAUGCGCAGUUUAACGGGCAGUUCGAGGAAGCUCGACAAAAGACCGAACCUAUUGCUGUCACGGACAUUGACCCUUCCACCUUUCGGGAUAUCCUGCGCUAUGCGUAUUGCGAAAAAAUAGACCUCACCCGGGACAAUGUUACCGACGUUUAUUACGCGUCCCAGAAGUACAUGCUAACCGAGUUGAAUGAAAUGUGCGAACAAUUCUUCGCUCAUAAGAUCGAUAUACAGGAUGUGCUCAGAGUUUUUGGCGACAAUCGAAAGCACGAGUUUCCUUUCGUCAAUGAGAAAUGUUUGGCCAUCAUACGUGAUAAUCCGCUGGUUUGUUUUAAACAUGAAGAUUUCUUUACGCUCGACAAAAAAUCUCUGGAAAUGAUCGUGAGCAGCACGCGAAUCAACUGUUUAACGUCGCAUAUACUAGAGGCCAUACAAGACUGGGCUAAAAUCAACGAUUUGCAGUUCGACGAUGCUCGUCAGCUGGCACAAAUCGUCGAAGAUAUGAAGCAUCGGGAGCUCGACUGCAGGAAACUCUACAACUUCGGUCAGUUCUUGUACGUUCCGAAUGUUCAAACGGAGCUGACAAUAUCCAGCAAAGAACCGAUUGCUCUGUAUGGAUUGGGUAUUUUUGUCAAAGCAAUGACGGAACCCGUAACCGAGGCGACCGUUACGCUAAAUGUGGUGGUGAAAAAUUUCAACGGUCCUGGCGAAACAAACUUUUACUCGGUCAAAAACAUCGCCUUGACUACGGAUCUGCACACCGAGGAGCUUUUGUUCGAGAAAAUUAUCAUCAGCGCCAAGUCGGGCUGCAAAAUCAGUGCGAGCUUCGAGAAGAGUCCGGCGCUGCCGGAUUUGUUCUGCCUGCCCAGUUUCACCUCGAUCGACAGCGCGAUAGCCGACCUGAGAGUCGAUGCUGGCAACAACUGCGUCAGCUAUUUGCUGUACCGGAAGAAGUCCGACGCUAAACCGGCCAGCCUGAAGAUGACGCCGGUGCUCAAGGAGUGGUUCAAAACCAUGGAAGCGACCCGGAAGAAUAACCCGUUGAGCUUGGGGUGAUUGGUUUUUGGAGAAGUGGUUUUUUAAAUGAUAUGAUCAUUAUAUUGUCAAAUAAUAGAGUACCUCAAAGGUUUUUUUUAAAUAUAAAUAUCAACAAG